ACGCUGGAUCGCUCGUCGUGUCCGUGGUUUUCCAGCCAACAUCUGGAAAGCACGCGUGUUAAUCGUUCUUUUUCUCGCCGAAAGCGCCAAAACAGCAACAUAUUGACCACAGCUUUUUUUAUAAUUUUGCUGCCCUUUUUUGAAAUUGGAUAAGAAUAGACUGAAAAUGGUUGAUUUGGGUUCAUCCAGCUCAUCGUCAGGCUCACCGAACAGAUUCGUUUGCCCUAACGACCGCCAGUUAGCUCUAAGGGCCAAGUUGAGAACUGGAUGGAGCGUCAAAACCGACAGUUUGAGUGGUUUCAGCUCCGCACCUACCGUCAACGAACCGCUCGCAGAACAGGAACAGAGAGCUAUAGUUCAAGUUAUCCAGAGGGCAGAGAAAAUAGACGUGACAGAACAGGAACGGGUGGGAAAAUUAGUGGAUAGGCUGGAACAUAUGCGAAGAAACGCUUUGGGAAGAGGGCCUAACCAAUGCUUGUUAUGUGGUGAAAAUUUUAGACUUUUGGGACCCCAAAGAAUCAGAUGCAUAGACUGCUUACGAUGGGCUUGCCAAAAAUGUGCCAUAGAUACGAAUAAUGCUAAAAAUAUAAGUACUGCGUCCAGAGAACACUACUUGUGCAUGAUUUGUGCCGAAACAAGGGAGAUCUGGAAGAAAUCAGGAGCGUGGUUCUUCAAAAGCAUGCCCAAGUAUAUCUUACCGGGCGAUUCCAAGUUCAAAAGGAACAAGAGCAUGCGAAUGUCCAGGAAGUACCGGGACGAGGACAGCAGUUCCGAUGAAGAUCGGAAAUGGAACAGGCAGCGGAGGAAUUCUGGAACAGAGAGCACAUUCGAUAUCACAGAUCAGGAAUCAUGCAACAAUUCCAUGACAUAUAAUUUCAGUCGUCAACAGAGUUGUAGCGAUUCUCAGCUCUCCAAAGAACUAGAGCCUCUCCGAAAUUAUAUGGGAUCGAUGAAUCUAACGAGCGAAUCGAAAAAUUGGGAAGAAUCAUCUUCUGGAGAUAACAAAGCUGAUAUAGAUAGUCUAGAAGCUUCUAGAAGAGAGUCGAUGGCUUCUAAAUCUGUCACAGAUUGGACUUGGAGCGAUUCUAGGAGUCUGGACGAGAAGCUUUCGCCUAGUACUUGUAGCGUCAAGAGCUCUGGAGGCACGAGUGAUUCUAAACAAAUGGUUGAUACCUCAAUGGGAAUCAUCGAGUUAUCAUUGAAUUAUGACCAACUCUCAAGUAUUCUCCAUUGUACGGUGUAUAGGGCAAAGAACCUUAUACCCAUGGAUAUAGGAGGCUUGUCAGACCCUUUUUGUAAACUGAAUAUCUUACCCAACGCCAAAGUAUCAACGAGACUGAGAACCAAAACUGUCCAUAAAACACGUAAUCCAGAAUUCAACGAAAAUCUCACGUUCUAUGACAUAACGGAGGACGACCUAGCGAAAAAAUCGUUACAUGUUCUGGUGGUUGAUGAUGACAAAUACGGACACGAUUACAUGGGAGAAGUCAGAAUAAAGUUGGCCAAGUUACGUGUCCAGAACACAAUAUACCUGACAGUUCCAUUAGAAAACCUGCGUCCAGAACAGAAAGGGCCACUGCCAGCUCCCGAGCUUAACCAGUGGUUCGACUUCGAUCUGUGGUCCAGAGGUCAAAUCUUGCUUUCGUUGUGUUAUUCUACUAAAAAGAGAGCUUUGUUAGUAACGGUCGUUAGAUGCGCUAAUCUCCUGCCAAUGGAUAACAACGGAUUUUCAGAUCCGUUUGUUAAACUUCAGCUGAAACCAGAUCCAUGUCAUAGAAAACACAAGACUUCAGUAAAAUGGAAGAAUCUCAAUCCAGUGUUCAACGAGGAAUUUGCUUUCGAAACUAGACCUACCGAGUUGUAUAUGCAGAGCCUCUAUAUCACAGUUUUUGAUAAAGAUUAUGGGAAGAGCAACGAUUACUUGGGAGGCUUAAUACUGGGAGGAUCUGGAUCAAAAGGUCAGAGGCUGAAACAUUGGCUGGAUAUGAUCAGAUAUCCUGAUCAUCGACACGAACAGUGGCAUAAUUUAACAGAAGAUCUGUUGGAGUAAAAGUGAAAUCGGUGACGUCUUAUAGGAAUAGUUAAUAUUACACAUUCUAAAGUUAAAAUAAAUGUAUGGCUUUUUAUAUAAGAGAUCAUAGUCUAAGAGCUAGCAACGUUUUCGAGAAAGUAUUUUAAGACGUCUGGCUCUUUGAUAUAUCUUUUACUAUGCUCUCUGGAACAGCAUGCGGCCCGUCUGCGUUUACUACUGCGCAUCGGAAGAAGAUCCUAUAUUUUUUAUUAAUUUAGUCGUAUAAAUUCUAGUAUUGAAUAUAAAUCCAACAUGUCUCCAUGGUGCAGUGCCUAGAGUU